AAAGAGACGUUAGGGUAGUUGGGUAUAGAGGGUAAUGAAGAAAAGGAAGGGGCUGGGGUUUCGCCGGAAUCAAAAUUCAGUGAAAUCGUUAGAAUAUAGAUAUAGCUGACCUCGUCAAUCUUCUUAUUCUGAAACAACAAAUUCCCUCUCAUUUUUUUUUUCUAUUAUCAACAAAUUAACAAACUCUCUUUUCUCUCUCUUCCAAUCUUUCCCUUCUCUUAUGCUCUGUUGUAAUCGCCUAAUUUCUCCACAUUUUCCUUACAACCUUCUCUUUCUUCUUCUUCCCUCAAUUUAAUCUCCCCCUCCCCGCCCACUUCGCUUUCCUGCCCCUCACAUUAUACCUUCCUGCGUUUCUCAUUAGUAAUUCCUCCGCUCUCUCUCAUUCUUUCCACCACUUUUAUUUCUUUUUCUCUAAAUCUAUCUACCUGAGGCCGGGCAUUAGGAGAGGAAUUGAAAUCUGAUAUUUUUGCGAUAUGAGUGCUUGAUUCGUCUCUUUGAUGCGUUACCUGUUUCAAUUAGAAAACCCGAAAACACACCAUCAUGUCCGGACCGUUCUUUCCCAAACCAGCUCUCGAAGGAUCUGAUCUUGAGAAUUCCGAGGAUGAAAAGAAUACAUCCAUGGGGUCUUUCAAGCAGAAGGCCGCCAGUGCCUCCUCCAAGUUCAGACAUUCUAUGACUAGAAGGGGCAGGAGAAGUAGUAAAGUCGCAUCUGUAGAAAUUGAAGAUGUGCGCGACACAGAGGAGAUGCAGGCUGUUGAUGCCUUUCGCCAAGCGUUAAUAUUAGACGAGUUGCUACCCACCAAGCAUGACGAAUAUCACAUGAUGCUCAGAUUCUUGAAGGCCAGGAAGUUUGAUAUUGAGAAAACAAAGCAAAUGUGGUCUGACAUGCUCCAGUGGCGUAAAGAAUUUGGCGCGGACACCAUAAUUGAGGAUUUUGUCUUUGAGGAGCUCAAUCAAGUCUUAGAUUAUUAUCCUCAAGGGCAUCAUGGUGUAGAUAAGGAGGGACGGCCAGUAUAUAUUGAGAAGUUGGGAAAGGUGGAUCACACAAAGUUAAUGCAUGUCACUGAUCUUGAUCGCUAUCUGAAAUACCAUGUACGGGAGUUUGAGAGAACAUUCGCGGUAAAGUUUCCCGCCUGUUCAAUAGCUUCCAAGAGGCACAUUGAUCAAAGUACAACAAUCUUGGAUGUCCAAGGAGUGGGACUUAAAAACUUCAAUAAGACUGCUCGGGAACUCAUCUCCCGCCUUCAGAAAAUUGAUGGCGAGAACUAUCCAGAGACCUUGAAUCGCAUGUUCAUUAUUAAUGCUGGUUCCGGAUUUAGAAUGCUGUGGAACACUGUAAAAUCUUUUCUAGAUCCUAAAACCACUGCAAAGAUCCAUGUUCUUGGAAAUAAAUACCAAAGCAAGUUGCUGGAAAUUAUUGAUUCCAGUGAGUUGCCAGAGUUUCUUGGAGGCACCUGUACCUGCGCCGAUCAAGGAGGAUGCAUGCGUUCUGAUAAGGGUCCAUGGAAGGACCCAAAUAUAUUAAAGAUGGUCAACAAUGGAAACCAUAAAUGUUCAUGGAAAUCUGAGGAAAACGAGGGCCAUCAUUUACCCGAUGUUAAGGAGGUCUGCACCAUCUCCCCCAAACAUCCUUUUAAUCACGUCGAGUAUCGAUCACUCUCUCCUCUCCAUGAGGUUCCGAUUACCAAGAAUAUUGAAGUGCCUUACAAUAAGGAUUAUGUCCCGGUGGUCGAUAAAAGUGUGGAUUUUGCAUGGAAAACGGUGCCAGAAAAGAAAAUGCUGGCCUCUUCCAAGGCAAUAGAGUAUGCUUUAGCUAGUUCAGGAGAUGCCCCUGGGGGUCUUAAAUCUAAGUUUCUCGCUAGUAUUGUGGCCUUCCUAAUGGGAAUUUCUGCUACGGUGAGAUUGGCUCGCACCAUGCCUAAGAAGCUCACUAAUGCCUCCAUUUACUCCAAACCAGUUUACUGUGUCGACGACACCAUGUUCAAGGGUCAGGAUCAUCCACCUUUAUUACAACCCUUGCCUGAUUACAUGUCCACUGUGAAACGCAUGGCUGAAUUGGAAGAGAGAGUCAAUAACUUGUGUACUAAACCUGCUGACAUGCCUCGCGAGAAAGAGGACCUGCUGAAUGCUACAAUCAGCCGCGUCGAAACUCUCGAACAAGAGCUUACCGUAUCCAAAAAGGUUUUGGCGGAAACAAUGGCUAGACAAGCAGAGAUCUUUGCUUAUAUUGAGAAAAGGAAGAAAAAGAGGAAACUGAUACCAUUCCGCUGGUGAAGGGAUGAAAUAUCAGCCUCGAACACCAAUGUCUGAACUCUCUCUGUGGUUGAAACCAGAAAAUGUAAAUGGAAAAAGUUCUGGUGGAGUUGUUUUAAUUUUAUGUACACAUUAUUUAUUUCUGAUGUAAAACUGAGUCUGUCCUAUUAGAUUAACCAAAAGAAGAAAAACCCCCAUCUCUUUAAAUGUGAAUGGGGGUAUGUAAAUUCAUAAAGUUUCUGCAAGAAAUGAAAUCAAACACGUGUGUUUUAUAAAGCAAAUAUGAUUAUGGAAA